AUGGAUCACAAUGGAUACUCGGCUAUAUCUAGAGAUGAGGUGAAGUUAUCGGUCUCAGGGAGGCUAAGCAGGAACUUAAGCAAGUCAGCUAGCCGCAGGAGAUAUGAGGGACCAAAACUGGAAAGGCAAAGGUCGGGGGCAGCUAGAGGCCUCGAUGGCUUGAGGUUUCUCGAUAGGGUCAUGACUGGAAAAGAAGGGGAUGCAUGGUCGGCUACUGAGAAACGGUUUCAAAGAUUCUCAGCAGAUGGGAAGCUACCUAGAGAAAAAUUUGGGAUAUGCGUUGGAAUGGGUGAAGGUGAUUUCGCAUCAGAAUUGUUUGAUGCACUUGUGAGGCGAAAAGGGAUAGAUGGAUCCGAUGGGAUCACAUUAGAACAACUGAAAGUAUUUUGGGAAGAUUUGACCAAAGAUGACCUUGAUACACGAAUUCAUAUUUUCUUUGAUAUGUGUGACAAGAAUGGGGAUGGAUUGCUAACAGAGGAGGAUGUCAAAGAGGUCCUAAUAAUGAGUGCAUCAGCCAACAAGCUUUCAACUUUUAAGAGACAAGCCGGAACAUAUGCAGCUCUAAUCAUGGAAACACUCGACCCAGACCACUAUGGCUACAUAGAGAUGUGGCAACUCGAGACGUUACUGAAAACCAUGGCUACCCCCAAGGCUACAAGGAUGAACCCUGAUGACACAUCCGAUCUUGCAAAAACAAUGAUCCCAGAAGAUUAUAGGGAUCCAAUGAGAAAAUUCUUCACCAAAGUAUUUGAAUCCGGACUUGAAAACUGGAAAGUGUACUGGGUAUUAUUUCUAUUUUGGGAAAUGAACAUUGCGUUAUUCAUGUGGAAAUUCCACCAAUAUGCGCUAAUGCCAUCAUUUGAAGUCUUGGGGUAUUGUAGCUGCACAGCUAAGGGUGCAGGGGAGACUCUAAAAUUUAAUAUGGCUCUCAUUCUCCUACCGGUGUGCAGAAGAACACUUACAUCUAUCCGGGGAACUUUCCUUGGUAAAUUAUUACCUGUGGAUGAGAACAUCAACUUCCACAAAAUCAUUGCUCUCGCAAUUGUAAUAGGAACUAUAGUCCACACCGUGGCCCACAUGGCUUGCAACUUCAUUCACCUUUCAACUUGCCCUAAUAACCAAUUCAUGCGUGUUUUUGGAAAUUUGUUUGCCACGCAACCAAGUUACAUGGACUUGGUACUAAGCAUCCCGGGAUUAACUGGAAUCAUCAUGAUUAUGUUAAUGUCCAUUUGCUUCCUCUUCGCGACAAGUUCUUUCAGAAGAAAUGUUAUUAAGUUACCUCAUCCAUUCAGCAAUUUAGCUGGUUUCACUUCCUUUUGGUACACUCAUCAUCUGCUGAUAAUCGUUUACCUCUUGUUCAUCGCUCAUGGCUACUUCUUAGUCCUCACCAUAGGAUGGUUCAGGAAAACCACAUGGAUGUAUCUCAUACUUCCCAUGCUGUGUUAUGCGACUGAAAGGCUCAUUACAACUGAUCAUACACUGCACGUCGACAUCAUUAAGGCUAUUAUAUAUACCGGAAAUGUGCUAGCACUCUACAUGACCAAACCUUUAGGAUUCAGGUACAAAAGUGGAAUGUACCUCUUUGUACAGUGUCCACAAAUCUCUCGUUUUGAAUGGCAUCCUUUCACCAUAACUUCUGCUCCAGGAGAUGACUACUUAAGUGUUCAUAUUCGUACUUUGGGAGAUUGGACAAAAGCACUUCGGGAAGAAUUUGCAAAGGCCUGUGAGCCUCAGCUGCAGAUCCCAGCAGAAGGAAAUAUGGAGAAAAUGAAAACUAAUACUAACUUGUCCAUAGAGGAAUCACAAGCAAUUUAUCCUAAAAUUUACAUCAAAGGACCUUACGGUGCACCGGCUCAGCAUUACAAAGAUUACAACGUACUAUUACUAAUCGGCCUAGGAAUUGGAGCCACCCCAUUCAUCAGCAUUCUAAACGACCUCCUCCAUCACUUAAAACAAUCAAAACAUGAUUCACUUUUACUGCAGAAAUUUGGCGGAAGUCUGGAUAAAAGAGCUUAUUUUUAUUGGGUGACAAGGGAGCAGGGUUCAUUUGAAUGGUUCAAAGGUGUCAUGGAUGAUAUUGCGGAGCAUGAUCACGAUAACAUUAUCGAAAUGCAUAACUACCUUACCAGUGUGUAUGAAGAAGGGGAUGUGAGAUCCGCGCUUAUUUCUAUGGUGCAAUCUCUUCAGCAUGCCAAAGAUGGAGUUGAUGUAGUCUCCCAGAGUCGGAUCAAAACACAUUUUGCUAGACCUAACUGGAGAAAAGUGUUCCACAACUUGGCAAAAACACAUGAGGGUGCUAAAAUUGGUGUUUUCUAUUGUGGGGCUCGAGCACUCACACGACAGCUGAGAAAUCUUUGCAAAGAAUUUAGCCUACAAAACACAACUCGCUUUGAUUUCCAUAAGGAGAACUUCUAAAAGGAUAUGAAAAUAAACAAAUCUUUUUUCAUUCUGGCAUAAAGAGUUCAAUUGUAGGUCUCCAGGUUUUAAUCAAAGCUAUGACAAUUCUCAAACCUAACUCUUCUUCUGAUCCAAAAGAAAAAGAAUGAUGAGGAUCUAAGACCAUCUUGAUCAAGAACAUCGUUCACCCAA